AUGACGCAUGACUACCCAGAUGACGGGCACAUCUUUGUCUGCGUGCGCGUUCGUGAUGUCGCCACAGUGCCAGGCAUGGCCGUGAAUAACUCCACCAUGCAACGCUCAGCGCGGAACAAUAUUCGGGAUGCCCAGCGCAUUUGUGUCUCCACACUCGAGAACUUUGUUGUGUUGCAUGACCCAAGGUCCAUUGAUGACGCAGCAAGCGUGGCACGGGACGCAGAUGGCCUGGUGCAGCUUCUCACCGCCCGUAGCAGUGGAGGUAAGGUGAAUAACCCUGCAAGGCGGUUUCUGACUUCAACAGCCACCGCAAGCUACUUUGAGUACGACAAGUGCCUCACCUCCAUGGAUGCGGAGUCUAUGCUGCAGAUGCCGUUGAUCCGUGACAGUGACUUCAUUCGUCCUCCGGGGUACGGCACACAGGAGGACGUGUAUCUCUCCACAGCGGUGCAUGCGGUAAAUGCGGCAGUGGAGGGCAUCAACUCGUGCGUUUUUGCGUACGGUCAGACGGGAAGCGGCAAGACGUUCACAUUGUUUGGCGACACCACAUGCCUUCGUCAUGACCCGGGCGUGGUGCCACGCACGAUUGACGAUCUUUUCCAGCGCUUGGAGGGCAUCCGCCGAGGCUAUCAGGACGACAGCGCCACGGAGUACUCCUACCGCGUUCAGCUCUCCUUCUUUGAGAUCUACCACAAUGAGGUUUACUGCCUUUUCUCUCGCAAGGGACCGCUACGUGUGUCUUUUCUGCGCGACACGUUUCGAAAGGAGGAGACGAUGACCAUUCACGAUCUCCAGCAGCAGACGGUGGCGUCGGCGGAGAAGGCGUACCCGCUGCUGGAGCUGGGCCUGCGCCGCCGGCAGACGGGGGAGACGGGGAUGAAUGCGCGCAGCAGCCGCAGCCACGCUGUGCUUCAGGUCCGCGUCACCCAGUGGCGCACCAACCGCAUCACAAAGGAGUCUGUGGAGUUGAAUGCGACGCUCAACCUCGUCGACCUCGCCGGCAGUGAACGGCAAAAAACAGCCAAGACGGACGGAAAGAGUCGCGACGAGGGUAUUCAAAUCAAUCAGUCACUCGCCACUUUGGCGCGGGUCAUUAAUGAAAUUUCCCACGGGGCGAAGUACGUUAACUACCGCGAUUCAUUGCUGACGAUGGUGUUGAAGGAUAAUUUGGGCGGCAACAGCAAAACGUUUAUGAUUGCCACCAUUGCCCCUGUUUCGUUUUGUUAUCAAGAGUCAUGCGCCACACUUCAGUACGCGAGGGAUGUACGUAAGAUACGUAACCGCCCCACGGUUAACAGGACAUUCCAAACACGCUCCAAUUUGCUGGAACUAAAUGCACGACUCAGAGAGGAAAAUACACAGCUGAAACAUCAUGUUGAGUUUUUAAUGAGGAAAUUUAACACGAAUGCCAAUGAUGUGGCGGAAGAUGCUGCGGACGAUGCCCCCCAGUUAGCGAAGGCAGCUAGUGUGGCGCGAGGGUGCAUCGCUGUACCACCGAAGCAGGGCAGUGUGAGUGCCGCAACGGAAGCUGUCAUUGCCGCCCCCGCGGUUGGCGCCGUACCGUUGGUUGUCACGGCACACCGAAAGUACACCAGCGUGGCUGGCAUCGGUGGCUCCUGUCUGGAAGGUGGCUGCAUUGGCGUCACGUCACUCACGAAGGAGGUCACGCAAUUUCGCCUCACUGACAUGAUGCACCCUGCACAGAUCUUAGAGGUCCAGCCGCAGCAGGGUGAAGGGUGGUCCCAGCAGAAGCGGGACUAUGGUACCAUUGAAUUUGAGCUAGUCUCGCAGCGGUCGUGCGAGCGGCGGUAUUGGAUACGGCAUAUUCCACCGGAUGGCACGAAUGCAGCCUCAGACGAUGCGGUGGAGUGUCAAGUCAACGGUCUCAAACUAAAUAGCGGGGACCGCCGACAGCUACAGCAUGGGGAUGUUGUGAGCGUCUUUCUUGACAACGUCGGCGAGGAUGCAGAGCAGGAUUUGUUAACAUUUCACUACGUGGACACCAGCUGUCUCGCACGCGGCGGCAGAGCGGACAUGAGAGUCACAACAGGUGAUCUAAGGGUCUCAAUUUCCCUUUCAGAUGGGCAGUCGCAGGAAAGUGGGGACGUGGAGCAGCUGCUGCGCGAAAAGGCCAAGCUGCUUGAGAUGUGCCAGGAACAAGCCAUAACGAUUGAAUACCAAUGCCAACGUGAGGCCGAGUCACGGUUACGGAUGGCGUCAAUGGCAUCAGUCCACCGCCGUGAAAGGGACCUCUCAUCUUCACCCAGCCCUGUCAAGCCAUUGGACAUUGUAGAGAUGGAUGCCCCCCUCGUCACACCUCAGCAGGUCCACGCGGCGGCCCGUGCCUUUCACCGUAAUUCUUUUUCACCGUCUCUUCGUCAUGAAUACAGCGUCAACCCCCACCGCUUUGAAGACUGUGUAGAGGAGAACCAAAUGCUCUACAAAGAUCUACUGAAACAUAAUGCCGAAUAUGAGGAACUUGAACGUCGUCUGGCAGAGUUAGAUAGGGAUACGCCUCCAAAACAAAACCCGCUGACAUUGGCAACUUUGACGACUCGCGCCCUGAAGAACUCAUCGGCCAUGGUGAUGUCCUCCCUCUCGGCUGAGUUAAGUGUGAGCGGCACUGAGGAGAAUGUGAGCCCAGGUGCACCAGUCAUGGGUGUGGUGACUGGGGCGGAACAGGAUCUUGCCCUCACCACGCACCAAGACGGUUCUACCAAAGAGAAAAGACCAGCUGUAGUGAAGGUGGAAAAUGCGCCUACAGCAGAUGAGAUUCUGCUAAAGCACCGCAAAGAUUCCGAGUUGGAUGGGAUGGGCAAGAUGCAAGUCUACUUUUCAACCUCUGAAGGAGUGCGGGAGCGAUACCACGCAGCCAAGCGUGAGCGUGUACUCUGCGAGCGUAUUUGGGCACUUGAACAGACUCUGGAGGACCUGCGUGAGGAGCUCAACCUUAUGGAGAGUAAGCUACGUAUUGCGCAGGACGCGAACACAGAGCACGAACUGUACCGGGCGCAGAUGGAGGAUGAGUUGAAGGAGGUUGCAGAAGCUUUUUCAGACACCACAAAGGAGAAUGCCACUCUGCAGCGGGAGAUCAAUUCACUGGAAACGUUCCUUGGCAAUGCGGAAGAUGCACUUGCGGAGAUGAGCACUAUUAAUGAGGCGGAACUUGAUAAACGCCUCGCACACAUGACGGAAGAGAACCGAGCGCUGAAGCGGCUUGCUCACAUGUGGAAACGACGUGCCAUGCAACGUCUUGCCCUCAGGUUCAGUGACGUCAAGAGCAGCGACAAGGACGACGUCGGAGGCGAAGAGGCAGGAAUUAUGAGUGGCCAAGUGCCGUGGGAUGAACUGCGGGUGGAGAGCAAUGUGGCACGAGCCAAGAAACUCCUUGGCAAGCAUGAAUCAACAGUCGCUGCGGUGGAUGCGAUAGACCGCUUUGAAAAGGAAACCGCCUUUGAAUCGGUCGUAGCUCUUGAGAAAAUAACAGCGGGGCUUGAGAAUGAAAACCUGCGCUUUAUGGAAGAGAUUAGGGCGUACGAGGCGCAGGUGCAAGGAUACAAGGACCUCGUGGAACGCCUUCGCACGGAAAAGGAAGAACUUGAGAAGGUGGGGGAUAAGGAGAAUAACCUGAAUCUGACAGUUGAUGAAAUGGAGAGGAUCAAGGCGCAGUAUACGGAGAAGUGUGAGAUGCUCGCCGUGGCGGAGCAGCAGUGCGCAGAGGCUGUCGAGGCGUUACAUGCGGCGAAGCAGAGGAAGACAGCUGUAAAGAAAAAAACUGUGAACAACACUGACUUAUUGCUGCAGGAGCAUCGGCGUUUUAUUGAAAAGCAGGAGGCAGAGUGCAACAAGCUUUCUACUGCGCUUGCGUCGAAGGACAAUGAGUUACGCACGGUCCUGGCAUUUGUGCGAGAUCGCGUCGCGCUGGAAGGAAUUGAGGGCUUCAGAGACGUGGGCAAGUUGCGCGAUCGCAUUGAGGGGUUGCUCGCGGCAGCCAUGGAGGGUUACGAAGGGGGCAACGGAUACUCCGUGUUCCCACCGGACUUCCGUUUCCCUGAUGAAGUGACGGCGCUGAUUCGUGUCUGCCUGCGCAUCAUAAUGGAUCGCCUCAAGAUUGAGUUGUACGUCCUUAAUCGCCAGCGCCUGCAUAAGUUUGGCCUUUUGGUGGCUGCCGUGCAACUGCGACCGGAGGCACAGUUUCGCACUUUUAUGCAUGAACUGCGCCAGGUGGUGGCAGAGAUUGCUGGCAAGGCGCAGCGCAUUGGCGGCAAAUGGCCCGUGGAGGAAAGUGACGUGUUGUCCGGCCUCAUAGAUCAUCGCCGCCGGCGCGCCGGUAACGCACUCGACGGCCUGCUUAUUUGGUACGACCACUGGGAUCUCUCCGCCAAGGCUGAGCACGCCAGCUACAUGGAGCUCAUUCGCAACAUGGAGCGUGUUAUGCAACUGGCACGGAUGGCUCGACAGGAAAGUCCUGUCAAUACCAACGCAACUUCCACUCUUCGACUUGUACUACCUGGGAAGAAUGGCUCCUCCGACACUGCGUAUAUGCCCACAGUCAGCAAUGAUACCAGCGUCACAGAGAGCUGUCGUAUUCUUGAGAAGCUGUCAGACAAAACAAAACGUAGCAAUCUUGCACGUGUGCUAAAGGAGAACACAGCUGCCCUUACUUUUAAUACGAUUCAACGCAGUCAAACCUACGCGCGGGUAGGGUUGUCUCCACGUUGGAGUGAGACGGACACAAUGACUCUUGAACGUUCCACCACCACCACCCUCACCCCACUGCGAAGCGCAACACAGCGACUAUCGCAACGCAAGUCAUCUGCAGAUAAGGGUGCAGCCAUCGCGGGGAGCAAGUUUGGACGACGUGCGACGGCGUUAGUGGUACCUGCUUCCGACAAUGAUGUCGCCUUUGUGGCAAGCUCAGCGAUGGCCCGAAGUGGUUCUGCCCUUAACUUUGGUCGUAACACGAGCGCAGUGAAUAUUUCCGAUCCGUGGCACCCAAAACCGGCGGCGAGGGUCGCGUGCUUCGCGCGUGCAAAGACGGAUGUGCCGAGCUUCGCCGCCCUGGCAGAGCUGUGCAACCCCAAACAAAGCCCCACCCCAACCCCGUGUCACUCGGCAAAAGUGGAGAGUGCCGUGUCAAGCAAGAGAAAGAGGCCUGCCGCUGCAGCGCCGCCGGGCCAUUCGUUCCGUCGUACCCGUACCACACUGUUUACCCGCACAAAUACGACGGGUGCAUCGCAGUUAAGCAGCCGCAUCACUGGGAGGCGGUCUUCGGAAGGAUUGUCCACGCGCACCAGUGGUGGAGGACAUUUGAACUCUCCGAAGCCCUCCAUCCCGGCGUCGGCAUUGUCGAGGUCGUUCUACGACCCGUAUGUGUUAAAAAAUCUGCGGCAGCGAAGCACCAGCGAGGGCAACCAGGGGCAGAAGCCGCUCGCAAAGCUCACAAGGAGCAAACUGACGGCAGGUUCAACGAUGCCACCGCUAUCUUUCCCUGUGGCCCUCUCGCGGACGCCGAGCACACUGAAUAGAACACCGAUGCGCUUUUCAGGGAAGGGGGCUCGCACCGUAGGUGAAAGUACUGCCGCCGAUACUCCGUUUUCUUUGAAGUCCGUCACGUCACACACAUCCGCACGGACAUCAUUGGGGCAACAGCCACAGCUAGAUCACCCUGUAGUCCCGCCACUGCAUUUAAAAAGCCUGUCUAUGUGA